AGCCGAGUCUGUCCUGCUCGUUGGCGGAACUACCGAGGACAAUCACGAACAGUGUGGGUUGGCCCAGGUCACAGAUUGCACUGAAUCCUGUCACAUUGGCGUGUGAGGAAAAGUGAAUUAUUCCACUCCCCUCCGUGAAUGUAAGAAGUCUUUUGCUGGAAGCAUGUGGUGCAUCCUGCGAGGCUGGAGGCAAGGGUGUGUGGGCCCAGUUGGAGCCCUGACAUGGGGAAUCCUGGGACAGCAGCAGCUCCCAGUUGUCCGCACUCUGGCCAGCGUGAGCUCCAGAAGUAGAGAUGAAUACAGUCAUGUGAUAGUGGGUGCGGGCUCUGCUGGCUGUGUGCUGGCUGGACGGCUCACGGAAGACCCUGACAAGCGUGUGCUGCUAUUGGAGGCUGGACCCAAGGACAAGCUUGCAGGGAGCAAGAGGCUCUUGUGGAAGAUCCAUAUGCCUGCUGCCCUCGUGGCCAACCUGUGCGAUGAUAAGUACAACUGGUGCUACCAUACGGAACCACAGCCAGGCAUGGAUGGCCGUGUGCUGUACUGGCCACGGGGCCGGGUCUGGGGCGGCUCCUCUUCCCUCAACGCCAUGGUCUACAUCCGUGGGCAUGCUGAGGACUACAACCGUUGGCACCAAGAGGGCGCCGCAGGCUGGGACUACGCACACUGCCUACCCUACUUCCGCAAGGCUCAAGGGCAUGAGCUGGGUGCCAGCACAUACCGUGGUGGUGAGGGGCCACUGCGUGUAUCCCGGGGCAAGACCAACCACCCACUGCACCAGGCAUUCCUGGAGGCGGCACAGCAGGCUGGCUACCCCUUCACUGAGGACAUGAACGGCUUCCAGCAAGAAGGUUUUGGAUGGAUGGACAUGACUAUCCAUAAAGGCAAACGCUGGAGUACAGCUUGUGCAUACCUGCACCCAGCACUAAGCCGCCCCAACCUCACUGCCGAGGCCCAGACGUUUGUGAGAAGGGUGUUGUUUGAAGGCACCCGUGCAGUGGGUGUGGAGUAUGUCAAGAAUGGCCAGAGCCACAGGGCAUAUGCCAGCCAAGAGGUGAUUCUGAGUGGAGGCGCCAUCAACUCUCCACAGCUGCUCAUGCUCUCGGGGGUUGGGAAUGCAGACGACCUGAGGAAACUGGGCAUCCCGGUAGUGUGCCACCUUCCUGGAGUUGGCCAGAACCUGCAAGACCACCUGGAGAUAUACAUCCAGCAGGCAUGCACCCGCCCCAUUACCCUUCACUCAGCACAGAAGCCCCUGAACAAGGUCCGGAUUGGUCUAGAGUGGCUCUGGAAGUUCACAGGGGACGGAGCCACAGCCCAUCUGGAAACAGGCGGGUUCAUCCGGAGCCAGCCCGGAGUCCCCCAUCCAGACAUCCAGUUCCAUUUCCUGCCAUCCCAAGUGAUUGACCAUGGACGGACCCCCACACAGGAGGACGCUUACCAGGUGCACGUGGGGACCAUGCGGGGCACGAGUGUGGGCUGGCUCAAACUGAGAAGUGCCAACCCCCAGGACCACCCCGUGAUCCAGCCCAACUACUUGUCAACAGAAAAUGAUAUUUUGGACUUCCGUCAGUGUGUGAAGCUGACCAGAGAAAUUUUUGCACAGAAAGCCCUGGCACCAUUCCGGGGGAAAGAACUCCAGCCAGGAAGCCAUGUACAGUCAGAUAAAGAGAUCGAUGCCUUCGUGCGGGCAAAAGCGGACAGUGCCUACCACCCCUCGUGUACCUGUAAGAUGGGCCAGCCCUCCGACCCCACUGCUGUGGUCGACCCACAGACCAGGGUGCUCGGGGUGCAAAACCUCAGGGUGGUCGACGCCUCCAUCAUGCCCAGCGUGGUCAGUGGCAACCUCAAUGCCCCCACGAUCAUGAUCGCAGAGAAGGCAGCUGACAUCAUUAAGGGCCAGCCAGCACUCCAGGACAAGGAUGUCCCUGUCUACAAGCCUGGGAGCCUGGCCACUCAGCGCUGACGCAGCCACGGCCCAACAAGGCCCUGAGGAGCCAAGCGGCCAGCCUAGCCUUGCUCCAAAGGCUCAUUCCUGAAACUGUCUAAGGAAAUGAGACCAGCACUCAUUUCCAGGUUUCUUUCUCCCAGCAAGCCCCUGCCUCCUGGAGGGCAGUGGAAGUGCCCUUCCACGGCGCUCUCCCACGCAGGGUCUUCCUUCUGCUGCCUGUCUCAAUCCUGCUGGACCUCUCCCAGCCUCCCCGAGAAGACAAGCCCUGAAAUGCCUUAUCCAGGCUUGUCAGAGCCAGAGCACUGUGCACAACUCGACCUGUACUGCAUUCUCCAAGGCAGGCACCUUCCACCACUGACCUCCGGCUGAGCCUACAAGUCAUGCUCAGUUUGGGCCUGCACUGGGCUUCCCUGUUCAGAGGGAGAGCCGCCUGCUAGAAGAAACACAGCCUUUUCCUCCCUCCUCAGCUCCCUCUUUCACUCCCAGAGUGAGGCAAGAAUAGGUGCUUGGGGGGAAUCACCCCCAGGGGCUUGUGACCCACCUGUCCACUGCCUGGUGCUGAUUAAACAUGAUCCCACUGACAUGAUUUCUGGACUUUAUUCAGGGAGGUAAGCGUCACAAGGAACUCUUUGCUAUCAUAGUUUCGUUCAUGACGCAGCACUUUAAACGCUGUUCUGUGUCCAGGGAACAGAGAGACCCAGAGUAAACCCCCACAUACCGGCCA